AUGGAGCCCUACAAAGACCUUUUGGGUGCAGAAGAACGUACUAGCAGCAGUGAAUCUGGGUGGACAAUGUACAUUGCCUCCCCUUACAUCGAAGAAGAAGAUACUGAAUGCAGUGAUAAUCAUGACAAGCGUCAAAUCAGAAUUAACCGGCAGAAGUAUGUCAAGAAAAAAGAGGAUGAUGACAGUGAUGAUUCUUUGACUUCUGAUGCUUCGUCUGUUCCAAGUUAUCGUCGUCAUGAUAGCCAUUCUCGCGGUCAAGGUAGUCAUGGCACAUCUCGUUCUAAACCUGAAAAAAGUUAUAAUGUGAACAUGUUUUCUUUAGGCAAGGAUGCAAAAAAACAGGAGAAGAAACGUGUUGGAAGUAGUACUAAAAAGUAA